AUGGCCAAGUACGCGCUGCCGAGCCGGUCGAGCCGCGGGUCGCGCAUCAACAAGCUCAUCGGCGAGGCUGCCGAAGCCGACGAGACCUUCUGGAACAACGAGGUAUGGGCCGAAGGCGAGGAUGACGACUACUCGACCGAAGCCGAGGAAGAGGACGUCGUCGACUCGGACUUUUUCGACGACGAAGCGCCCGACGACGACGUGCACGACGCAGACGAAGAGCGCCCGGCCAAACGCGCCCGAAACACGCGCUCCGCCUUCAAGGAGCCCGUGCCGGUGGCGCCGAAGCGGCCUCGGCGUGCUGCUCCCGUGGUCGACGCGCCGCCGAUGCCCAUUGACGUUGCGCCCAUGGAGGUUCGGUCAAGCACGAUCAACAAGCGGGUCUUGUCGCACGAUUUACAGGAGCGGUACGCCAUAGAAGCGCGUAAGGCACAGGCCGAGAAGAACGCGGCCGCGCCCAAGGUCGUUGUGCGCAUGACCCAGGCCCAGCUCCUCGCCGAAGCUGUCCGCACCGAAGUCGACAACACACAGAGCCUCAAUCGACUCGAGCGUAUGGAGGAAGAGAAGCGGGCGGACGACAUGGUUCCCAAGGCCAAGUUCACCGGACCUGCCAUCCGCUAUUACAGCUCGCUGCACACGCCCAAGCUCAUCACGUUUCUCAACGCAGACGCGUUUCCCGCCGUUUUGACGCAGGGCCCACCCCAAGUCCGUCGACGCGUGACCAAGCCUACCGAGGCGCCUGAACUCCCGGCCGAGUCGAUAGAGACCAAGCCUGACCCGGUAGAGACCAAGCCUGACCCGGUAGAGACCAAGCCCGACCCGGUAGAGCCGAUAGCGAUCAAGCCCGACGCGACUGCGCUCGCAGUCGAAGCCAGUGUCGAGAUGGUGGUUGCCUCCUGA